UGGUGGUGUUGUGGUGGUGGUGGUGGGGGGACACUGCCAGGGCAGAGCAAGGGGCUCCGGAGAGGAGGAGGAGGAGGAGGAGGAGAAGAAGGAGAAGGAGAAGAAGAGGAGGAAGAAGAAGAGAGAGACAAAGUGGAUCAGAUCAAGAGCAGCAGACUGAACGCUGGAAAUGCCCGUCAGGUCUGAGUCUGUCACAUCCUCAGCCAAUCAGAGCCUUCGUUAACAGCGGCGGCGGCGCUGGAUUGGGAGAAGGAUGGCAACCAUGCCAUUUGUCAGCGAGGGGAAGUGUGUGAGUGUGGAGUGGGAUUUCCUACAGGGGCUACUGGCCAAGCCUCCCACCCUGCCCUGUCUCCAGAACCUGCGGAAAGAGAAGUCUCGCAAUGCGGCUCGUUCACGGAGGGGGAAGGAGAAUUUCGAGUUCUUUGAGCUGGCCAAGAUGCUGCCUCUGCCCGGGGCCAUCACCAGCCAGCUGGACAAGGCCUCGGUUAUCCGGCUGACCAUUAGCUACCUGCACAUGCGCACCUUUGCCAGCCAGGGAGACCCACCCUGGAGCCCUCUGAUGGAGGGAGACAGCAACUGCAGCAAAGUAAGACGAUCAUCUCAUUCCCUGGCUACUGACAUGUUUGAGCAGCACCUAGGGGCACAUCUUCUGCAGUCUCUGGAUGGGUUCGUGUUCGUGGUCAGUCAUGAGGGACGGUUCCUCUACAUUUCAGAGACAGUUUCUAUCUACCUGGGACUCUCACAGGUGGAGCUGACCGGCAGCAGCGUGUUUGACUACAUCCACCCAGCGGACCAUGUCGAAAUGGCCGAGCGGCUGGGAAUCAGGCCUCACCUGAGGGCCGAAGCCGGUUGCCUCACGGCCCCUGAGAGUGCUUCCAGCUCUGCAUCCACCUCCUCCCUAGCUGGUACCCCUGAACCUGCUCCCUCUAGUCCUCAUUCUCCUGCUGACGAUCCUCCCGACCGUGGCUUCUUCAUCCGCAUGAAGUCCACGCUCACCAAAAGAGGCCUGCACGUCAAGUCCUCUGGAUACAAGGUAAUCCAUGUGACAGGACGAAUCCGUUGCCGCCCUGCUCUCGUGCCGGGCUCCACGCGCUCAGUGCGUCGACCGAUGGGUUUGGUUGCACUGGCACACACGCUCCCACCCUCCACGCUUAAUGAAGUCCGCAUGGAGAGCCAAAUGUUUGUCUUCCGAGUGAACAUGGACCUACAGGUCACAUAUUGUGAAAACAGGAUCUCAGAGUAUAUGGAUCUGACCCCAGCAGAGGUCGUGGGACAGACCUGUUACCACUUCAUCCACGUAGAAGACCUGGAAAACCUCCGGCAGAGCCAUGAGGACCUGCUGAGGAAAGGCCAAGUGGUGACCGGCUACUACCGUUGGCUCCAGAGGAGAGGAGGCUACCUGUGGAUCCAGUCUACUGCCACUGUCUCCAUCAACCACAAAGCCCCUCACGAACGUAACGUCAUAUGGGUCAACUAUGUCCUGAGUCGAACAGAGUUACCCGACACUCCCCUGGACCUGCUGCAACUACCAGAGAACAUAAGAGCAGAGCGACUUCGAGUUAGCUCGCCCCCCACUGACAGCUCCCCACAGGCCCGAGGCUUGCAGCCAGUGAAGGGUUCAUUGGGGAAGAGUGACCCUGACGCUAAAGGCAGAGACAAAUUCACAGCCACCGCCAUCCAAUCAGAGGACAGGAGGAAGCGUCUACUGAGGUCCGAACCCGAGGGCGCACCUCCUGAAACCCGCCGCAGGCUGGAAGAGCUUCGUCACGCAGAGGAGAGUGUGUCAGCCUCCUCUGACCUGGCGAGCGAAAGCGACGGGGAGGAGGAGGAAGAGACAGAGUGGGACCAGGGGGGAGACAGUGACAGACUGAAACAGGAAGACGGCGGGAGAGGAGGUAAACAGAGUAGGGGUGGAGACACCCCGACUCGAGGGGAGAGGAGCAGCAGGGUGCAUAACGGCCGAGCUGUGAUCCAGCAGCUGAAGAGCGUAGUAACCCCGUCUCCCCUGCCCGGCAGCCCCAGCAUCAAGACUGAACAUGAAGCCCUAACCACCGGAGGGCGCUGGGGGUCACACACACAAACCUCCACCUCACACACCACCCAGCCCCAACCCUCACAUGCACACACACCCUCCAGCAGCCUCAACGGCGACAGCCCCACCACCCCGAUCCCCGACUCUUCCUCCAGCAGUGAGGCUCCCCCAAAAGGGUUGUUCACUCCCCCGUCCCCGGCUUUGUCUCCCGCCAUGUCCGUGUCCUCCCCGCUCCCCCGUGAUGAGAGGUCCGUGUCGGGGGUAGUCAGUCGGAGCAGUGGUGGUGCAGGUAACGGCCCUGACUUUGAGCUGCUCCAGAGACUGGCUGCAGGCGGUGCAGCGGGGCGGGUCCUCUUCCACCCCCUUGCCCUUGGCCCGCAGGGCCCUCAGAGCCUCUACGCUCCCAGCACUAUCCGCUACGCUCCACCUGAGCUGCCCCCCUCCCACCACCACAGCGCAGGACACAGCGAUGGCCUGCAGCUACGCACGGACCACCACAAGGGACCCCCGCCAGCCUUCUUCCCCCACCUACAGCGGUUGGCCGGCUUGCCACCCUUCAGUGGUUUCUCCCCGUCUGACAGCCCUUUCUCUUCCGGCCUGCCCUUCUGUAUGAAUGGACUGAGGGGGGCUGCAGGCUCUGAGGAGGACUGAGGCUCAGAGGGGUGGAGGUGAGAGGAGAAGAUAAAAAUGAAGGACGGAGCAGUGACAGAUGAGAACAGAAAGAGAGACACUGAAAAGGGCAGUAAAGACAGAAGUGGCAGGACAUUAAGCCUCUAAGGACUCUACUAAUUGGACAUUGAGUUGAAUAACUGUGAUCUAAAAUAUGUGACAAGUCGCUGCCAUCGGGAAUUAUUGUGUCUGCCUGUUGUGGACAAGUGACAGUGACUCUCAGAGAAAACGGGACAUGGAAACUUUUGACUGGUUGUCCCUCAAGACUUUCCGUCUCUACAACAAUAAUGAACUCUGUGUCUUUCUCUAGAUGACUGUGUUGAUUUCUGUGUCUCUUCCACUCAGAGAAGCCAUAUUGUAUAUAGAGACAAAACCAUAAAGACCCUCAGCUCACAUCCUCCUCACUGUCACUCCAAUUAACCCAAUUAACCCUAAAGCCAGUAGAAAGAGAUGGACACUUGUCUGUAGGAAGGAAAGUGACUUUGGAAUAUAAAUUUUUAUUAUUGCAGUAUUAUAUAAAUCAUCUCUUACACUGAGAUCCAGGUGAGACUUUGAUUAUAUGGUUUCCCUUAAAAUAGAUGGAGACAGCCCUCUGGUGUUUUUGUAUUGAGAUUCAAAAUAAGAAUAAUAAUAAUAAUAAAAACAAGUACUCAUCAGUCAGCCAUACUUAAAGCACACUGUUGGGACAAAAAUAUGAAUAAUGUAGUCCCAGACAUUCCAUUAUGUAUAAGGGAAGAAAAUGCAAUGCAGACAGGACGCUAUUUCUGUUGAUUGAUUGUAGGAAGGUCAUUUGUUUAACUGAGUAUUAAUUAUAGUAUAUUAUGUAUGAUGCUGCGAUUGUGUUUGUGUAUGAAAGCCAUAUUCUUCUUUUUUUUUAUUUCUUGGAAGUUUUUAUUGAUUUUCGCCAGAUAAAACAGAGGGAAGUAUGAUGUAAAAAAUGUGUCUAGACAGACAGAAUAACAUUGUUUUAUUGGAUGUACAAUAACAUCCAAAUAUGUUUUUAUUAUUCUCUUAAAAAAAAUUAUAUUUCUGUAAAUGUUUUUAGGAGAGGAAACGGUGCUGGACCAGAGAAGUGUUUAUUAUCAUUUAAACCUCUGUGUGUUUUUUUCUGAGCACUUACUGAAAAUUUGUUCUGUUGUGAACUCAAAGCACUUCAUCACUUAACACAGACUGCGUGAGCCUGUUAAAACAGAAAACAAUGCAAGAGUGGUCACUAAUAUCAUAGUUUGACCACAGUGUAGUAGUGGGGGGGAUAAAUGGUCAUUUUAAAAAAGGCAGAAAAAAUAAACAGACCAC